UUCAGGCUCCUGUUGACUGAAAUGGAGAUGAUCCACCCUCUGGUCAUUGAGUUGCGAGAAUAUUUAAAUAUGAUUCGGUUAAAGCAGUGGAGACUUAUGUAAGACAUGGAUAGAUGCAAACAUGUUGGGCGGCUACGACUCGCCCAGGACCAUUCUAUUCUGAACCCCCAGAAGUGGCACUGCAUGGACUGCAACACCACAGAAUCCAUUUGGGCUUGCCUGAAAUGCUCCCAUGUGGCCUGUGGAAGAUAUAUCGAAGACCAUGCACUUAAACACUUUGAAGAGACCAGGCAUCCUUUGGCUAUGGAAGUUAAUGAUCUCUAUGUGUUUUGUUACCUUUGUGAAGACUAUGUAUUGAAUGAUAAUCCCGAGGGUGACUUGAAAUUACUUAGGAGCUCUCUGUCUGCAAUUAAAAGUCAGAAGCAUGAUCCAUCAGCAAGAAGUGGUAGGACAUUGCGGUCAAUGGCUUUGGGUGAGGAUGUUUGCAGCCAUCAGAGGGCCCCUCAGGGACAGCCGCAGAUGCUUACAGCUCUCUGGUACAGACGGCAGUCAUUGUUAGCGAAAGCACUGCGGACUUGGUUUGAUAAGAGUUCUAGAGGUCAGCUAAAACUAGAACAAAAGAAGCAAAUGGAAGAAUUGGAGAGGAAGAAGGAAGUAGCUAGGCAGCGGCGUCAGGAGAUGAAGCGGAGGUUGUUGGAGGAAUUGGCAAACACUCCUCCAAGAAAGAGUGCUAGGCUUUUGUCGCACAUUCGCAGAGAGAAUCUGAUUCCUCGGAAAUUCAGAGAUAUGGAAGCAAGUUCCCCUACCUCAAGAAGAGUGCAGAGUAGCAAAUUUAAACAGUUCUAUUCCAUCCGUCGUAAGCCCCUCAUGACUCCUGGUGUGACUGGACUAAAGAACCUAGGAAAUACAUGCUAUAUGAACUCUAUCCUUCAAGUAUUAAGUCACCUCCAGAAGUUCAGAGAAUGUUUUUUGACGCUGGACCUUUGUGAAACUGAGGAACUCUUAGCUAAGACAGUGAAUGGAAAAUCUAGAAUGUCUGGAAAGCUGGUCUGUGGGCCUGCUCCUACUGAGUCAGGGAGGAAUGAUCAACUAGGAUCAUAUGGCAGGCAGAGCUUGCCAGCUGGCUUAAAUGGCGGGUCCUCAAUAAGCAAAAGUUUAGAACUAAUACAACCCAAGGAGCCAAGUUCAAAGCACAUCUCUCUUUGUCAUGAACUUCAUACACUCUUCAGAGUCAUGUGGUCAGGGAAGUGGGCCUCAGUUUCUCCCUUUGCUAUGCUGCACUCUGUGUGGAGUCUGAUUCCAGCAUUUCGAGGUUAUGACCAGCAAGAUGCUCAGGAAUUUCUCUGUGAAUUGUUGGACAAAGUGCAGCAGGAGCUUGAAUCUGAAGGAACAAAACGCAGGAUCCUCAUCCCUUUUUCUCAGAGGAAGCUCACCAAGCAGGUCCUGAAGGUGGUAAAUACCAUUUUUCAUGGGCAGCUACUCAGUCAGGUCACCUGUAUAACAUGUAACUAUAAAUCCAACACUGUGGAGCCCUUCUGGGAUCUUUCCCUGGAAUUUCCUGAACGUUAUCACUCCAUCAACAAAGGGAUUAUCCCUGUUAAUCAGACAGAGUGCAAGCUGACUGAAAUGUUGGCCAAAUUCACAGAAACAGAAGCUUUGGAAGGGAGGAUAUAUGCAUGUGACCAGUGUAACAGCAAACGACGGAAGUCUUCUCCAAAACCUCUUAUUCUAAGUGAAGCUAAGAAGCAGUUAAUGAUUUACAGACUACCUCAGGUCCUCCGGCUGCACCUUAAACGAUUCAGGUGGUCUGGACGUAAUCACCGUGAGAAGAUUGGGGUCCAUGUCCUCUUUGACCAGGUAUUAAACAUGGAACCUUACUGCUGCAGGGACACUCUCUCCUCUCUUGACAAAGAGACCUUUGUCUAUGACCUCUCGGCUGUGGUGAUGCAUCAUGGGAAAGGGUUUGGCUCAGGACAUUACACGGCAUAUUGCUACAACACAGAGGGAGGGUUUUGGGUCCACUGCAAUGACUCCAAACUGAAUGUAUGUAGCGUGGAGGAGGUAUGCAAAACCCAGGCCUACAUUCUUUUUUAUACUCAAAGAACUGUGCAGGGCAAAGCAAGUAUCUCAGAAACACAUCUUCAAGCUCAGGUGCCGUCCAAACUCAACGAUAAAGACAGAAGACUGACACUCCCCUGAACAGAAGCAUUACUGUCUGAAUCAGCUGGUUCAUUUUUAAGCCUUUGGAGUUCACUCAUCUUGGCAGGAACAAAUACUGCUGCAGGAAUUAUUUGGAUCCACAGUCUCAAAAAGUGGGCCUCUUACUGUGUGCAACUCUGUUCUAUGAGAUUGUAGCAGAACGUCAUUUAAAAAAAAAAAAAGACGAUGUAUUUGUAAACCCCUUCCUCUUCUAAACAAAGCAAAGAGUUACAGCCUCUAUGUCUUGGACCAUCUAUCAUCCUUCAAAGAUAAAUCUAAUGUGGCAUGAAAAAAUAGGGGAAUCCAUUCCUCUGUAUACAGCCAGGAUACAAAGCCAUCAAACUGGCCAUAUAUGUAAAUUCCUCCAGAAGAAUGAACAGGUACAGUAGAAUCCCAUUUAAUCCUUGCUCUCUUGUUGAGAUGAACAGUUAUUACAUCUCUGGGUGUAAAUAACUUGCCCAAUGAUACUGUCUUUCUAUUCCACCGUAAGUUGAGUACAUGGAGUUGUACUGUACCAAACUUCCCUAAGCUCUUUUACACUAGGAAAAUGUAGUCUUAUUUUGUUACCCCCUACUGUCAUUCCAGUUUGUUGAAACAUAUGAAGUCUGAAAUUAUUUUGGAGAAUUAAGAAUAUGCAGUUUAGGUUUAUGCUAAAAAUUACAGAAACAACAAGUGCUGAAAAUGACACAAAUGAGCUUGAAUUUACUCAAUUCACAUGUAAUAAUUGCAGCAAUUUAUGCAGAAGCUAGGACUUUCAAAGCUUUCUACUAUGCUUUCAUUGCCAGCUAUCACUUGAUGAGGACCCCAUGAAUUAACUGGUCAGGUGAAUCCAUUUGUUUUCAAAGUUGGGGAAUUAUUACUCUUUUUUUCAUCUGCUGCUAUCAUAUCAGCUCUUGGUCAAAUGCUUAAUAACUUCUCAUGUGCUGAAAAGAAUGAUUGGGGAUGUAGGAGUAAU